GGUGUUUGGAAAGAAAACACCUCUUCGGGCUCGUCGGAUAAAAUUACACAGAAAUUUCGACUCCAGACCAGAGAAACAGAAAACAGAAACAGAGAAAGCAAAACCAAUAGACCCCCAAAGGAAUCUCAACCCACAAAACACAAAAACAUUUACUGGCACUGUUAUUGGGUUGUAAGAUCUGAGACGUGAAACAGUCAUGGCCGAGAGCGCUGAAGUUGAUGAGCGGGUGGAUCUUGAUGAGGAAAAUUACAUGGAAGAGAUGGAUGAUGAUGUCGAAGAGCAGCUAGAUGGUGAUGGAGAAGAUGAAGGUGGAGAUGGAAAUGUUGAAGAAUAUGAUUACUCAAAAACUGGGGUUGGUGAGAAAGCUCAAUCCACAGAUGCAAAUAGAAGCCACAAUGAUUCUGAACAUGCAGAAGAGGAAGAGAAGCCCACUACUUCCAUCAGUGAAGAGGAGAAAGAGAAGCAUGACCAACUUCUUGCCCUUCCUCCUCAUGGUUCUGAAAUUUUUAUUGGUGGGCUUCCAAAGGAUGCAUUGGAAGAGGACCUGAGGGAUUUGUGUGAACCAAUAGGUCAAGUUUUUGAGGUGAGGAUUAUGAAAGACAAAGACAGUGGAGAAAGCAAGGGUUUUGCUUUUGUAGCAUUCAGAUCAAAAGAGGUUGCAAAAAAGGCCAUUGAAGAGUUACAAAGUAAAGAAUUUAAGGGUAAAGUAUUAAGGUGUUCCCUGUCAGAAAAUAAGAACAGAUUAUUUAUUGGUAAUGUUCCAAAGAGCUGGACCGAGGAUGAGUUCAGAAAAGUAAUCGAGAAUGUUGGUCCUGGAGUUGACAAUAUUGAGCUUAUAAAGGAUCCUCAAAAUCCUUCACGCAACCGUGGUUUUGCAUUCGUUUUGUAUUACAAUAAUGCGUGCGCUGAUUAUUCAAGGCAGAAAAUGGCAAGUGCAAACUUUAAGCUAGAUGGCAAUACCCCAACUGUCACUUGGGCUGAUCCAAAGAGCACACCUGAUCACUCUGCAGCUGCUGCACAGGUGAAGGCACUUUAUGUGAAAAAUAUACCUGAAAACACUUCUACUGAGCAACUAAAAGAACUAUUCCAGCGCCAUGGGGAAGUGACAAAAGUUGUUAUGCCCCCUGGAAAGUCUGGUAAACGGGAUUUUGGCUUCGUCCAUUAUGCUGAAAGGUCCAGUGCACUAAAGGCUGUUAAAGAAACAGAGAAAUAUGAAAUUGAUGGCCAAUUGUUGGAGGUUGUCCUUGCAAAGCCUCAGGCUGAUAAAAAACCUGAAGGGGUUUAUCCCUAUAAUGCUGGGGUUCAUUCAACCCAUCUACCUCAGAGUGGGUAUGGUGGCUUUGCUGGGAACCUGUAUGGUUCUGUGGGUGGUGGAUUUGGUGUUGCUGGUGCUUUCCAACAGCCUAUGAUAUAUGGUAGGGGACCCAUGCCCGCUGGGAUGCAUAUGGUGCCAAUGGUCUUACCAGAUGGUCGAAUCGGCUAUGUUCUGCAGCAGCCCGGAGUACAAAUGACACCUCCUCGGCCUCGGAGAGUUGAAAGGAGCAAUGGCCCAGGUGGACAUGGUGGACGCGGUGGAAGUGGUGAUGAUAGCAACCGUGGCAGAAGAUAUCGACCCUAUUAGUAGGAAAGUGUAGGAACAUGCAAUUUUUCAGGAAAUCAGAGUACAUUGUAGAUGGAUGACUAUUUAAAAUAACAAAUUCGUUUCUCCCAUGUUUCACCCCAAUCCUUAUUGGCUCUUUUUCCUGGACAUUCUUUCCUUCUCUUGGACCCAGCCUCUUAUGACAGGAGAAUGAAGGAGGAAAAGGAUCUUAAGAAGUCAGGAAAGUAGGUGCCUCAUAACAUAAAUGUGCAGGAGAUGACUUAUAGUUGAGUAAUUUUUUCACAUCUAA